CAUAAGAGCCUCCGCCUCGUUAUCAUCUCCGCAAACCAUUCAACUCACUGAGGAAAAAGAAGAAAUUUCAACGUUAUCAUGAGUACUACAUCCGAGCUUGUGCUCAUCCCGUCCCCCGGCCUUGGCCACCUGGUGUCGAUGGUGGAGAUGGCCAAGCUCCUCGUUGACCGCGACCAUCGGCUCUCCGUUACAGUCCUCAUCAUGAAGUUCCCCAUGGACUCCGAGAUCGACUCCCGUGUCGAGUCCUUCACCGCUUCUGUCGCUGCCCGCAUCCGCUUCGUGCUCCUCCCUCAGCAAAACCCCUCCCCGGAGACAUCCCCGAUGGCCGUCCUCACACACUUCAUGGAGAGCCACAAAGCUGACGUCCGAGAAGCCGUUGCCAAACUCUCCGCCAGUGGCUCGCCACGGCUCGUGGGGCUUGUCGUUGACAUGUUCUGCACCUCGAUGAUUGACGUGGCUGUCGAGUUCGGCGUCCCUUCGUACAUGUUCAUCACGUCGGGCGUGGCAGUCCUCGGACUCAUGUUGUACCUUCAGUCUCUCCAAGACGAGAAACACAUGGAUCUGACCAGGCUCAAGGGCUCUGACGACGAGCUGGACUUCCCGUGCUUCGCUAACCCGCUACCCGCCGCCAAGUUCUUGCCCUCGGAAGUGUUCAUGGAAGAAGACUGCCGCAUAUUUUUGGGCCACGCUCGGAGGUUUAGGGAAACCAAGGGAAUUUUGGUAAAUACAUUCGCCGAGCUGGAACCACUCGCGGUGGAGGCCUUGGCCGGCCUUGGAGCGCCGGCGGUGUACCCUGUGGGCCCCAUACUGAACAUCAAGGUCGAGAGCAAGAAGGGUUUGCAGAUCAUGGACUGGCUCGACCAGCAGCCUGAUGCGUCGGUGUUGUUCCUGUGCUUCGGGAGCUACGGGAGCUUCGAUGAGGGCCAGGUGAAAGAGAUUGCCUGCGCGUUGGAGCGCAGCGGGUGCCGCUUCCUGUGGUCCCUACGGCGGCCACCGGCGAAAGGCAAGCUGGAAGCCCCUUGUGACUACGCAGACCCUGCGGAUGUCCUGCCCCAGGGAUUCCUUGACAGGACGGCCGGCACUGGAAGAGUGAUUGGGUGGGCCCCACAGGUCGAGGUCCUGGCCCACCGAGCCAUCAGAGGGUUUGUGUCGCACUGCGGGUGGAAUUCCACCCUAGAGAGCAUAUGGUUUGGCGUGCCGAUGGUCGCAUGGCCCCAGUAUGCGGAGCAACAGUUCAACUCGUUCGAGCUGGUGGUGGAGCUCGGUCUCGCGGCGGAGAUCAAGAUGGACUAUCGGAGAGAUCUCGUCAAAGGGAGCAACAUCCUCGUGACGGCGGGAGAAAUAGAGAGUGGGAUAAGGAAGUUAAUGGAGGGCGAGGAGGCCGGAGAGAGGAGGAAGAAGGUGAAGGAGAUGAGCGAGAAGAGCAGGAAGGCUCUGGCGGAGGGUGGCUCUUCUUACUUGUCUUUGGGUCGCUUCAUCGAUGAUGUCCGGAGCCAAUGAGCCUCCAUUCAGCCAGGAGACUUAGUUGACUAGUAUUUUGAGUAAAUGUUGGCAUUUUGAUUCUAGGUUUACUUGGCGUGUGUGCUUCAGCGGAUCUGUUUUUGUGACAAUAAACCACGUUGAUUCUUGUCGACCCUUUGACGUAUUU